AUGUCCUUAAAGAAACAACUUUUUGUUUCACUGCUUCGUGCCCAAAACUAUACAAAUUUAAGACUGAUUGAAAUACGUUGCCAAAGGAAUGUCAUAAUCAUACGAAAACUCCACCGUACUCUUAUUCUCAUGAAACUAUUACGAUUCCACAAUUAUAUCCGACCAUAUUAUCAGUCUGAGCGUUUUCUAGACUACUUUUUAAUGUACAGAAAUACAUUACAAAAAUCAGUAUUGAAUCAACCGCCACACAGAAUAUGCGAUGGCAAUGAAUUAUGUUCUAUGGUAGGAUAUUCUAACAGCUUUUUGAACACAUACCACACAAUUAAUAAAGUAAACUGUUUAAUGCCAUCAUCAGAAUACAAGAAUAAUAAAGUUAAUCGGUUUUCGCUACGUAGUUCCGUUAAAACUUGGCAAAUUUUCGCAAAGAAAAUCUAUACAUUUUCCUCACUUCCAGACAGACGUUUAUUAUGUAUCAAACUUGAAUUAUACACUGCCACUAUGAGCGGCUGUCAAUUGCUAUAUCGUAAUAUUUGUUAUACGACUGCCCUUUGUUAUUGUAUGGUCGAUAUCCCAGAUAUAAUAACGUUUAAUCUUUUUGAUAUCUAA